AUGGUAAUGGCUGUGCUAGCCGUGGAUCAGCUCAUGGUGCAGCCAGGCCAGGCCAUCUCUUGCGGGCAGGUUGACGGUUAUUUGGUUCCAUGUGCCCCCUACCUCAUUGGAGGAAGUGGAAGUCCGGCACCUACAUGCUGUGAUGAGGUCAAAAACAUCAAAGGGAUGGCCUCAACCACAGCUGACAAGAGAGCGGCGUGCAACUGCGUUAAGCAGGCUGCCAAUCGCUACUCGAACUUGAAAGAUGAAGCAGCCCAAUCUCUCGCUGCCAAGUGCGGUGUUCAAAUGGAUAUUCCAGUCUCCUGGACCACCAAUUGUGACAUCAUCAACUUAGGUGGAAGGGAUUGA